AAGAGUUUAGUAACUUGGUUGUGUCCGAAAAUUUUAACGACCAUUCGGAAUGAAACAGAGCAUGGCGGUGAUGACGAUGAUGGCCACGAUAACGCCAGAGUUUCUAUCAUCAACUCUGAUAUCCACGACCACCAAUGGAUACCUCAAAACCCGUUUUGAUUUCGGUUUCUCAGUCUCUCAAUUUGACCGUCAGAGAAGACGAAAAUGUCUCCUCCACCCGACUCUGUUCUGUACAACCUCUUCGAGCAGCGGCAGAGUCUCCGGUGCUGCUUCAAGUAUCAUCAGUAACCUGGUGGAGGAGUUUGAUCCGGAGAUUCCGGUAGAGAGAGCGUCGACUCCUCCGAGCUCGUGGUACACUGAUCAUCAGUUCCACCGUUAUGAGCUCGAUCGAGUCUUCUAUGGUGGAGGAUGGCAAGCCGUAGGAUACUCUGAUCAGAUUAAGGAUAAUCGCCACUUUUUCACCGGGAGGCUUGGGGAGGUGGAGUUUGUGGUGUGCAGAGAUGAUGAUGGAAAGAUUCAUGCUUUCCAUAACGUAUGCUCUCACCAUGCCUCUAUCUUGGCUUCUGGAUGUGGGAAAAAAUCUUGCUUUGUUUGCCCUUAUCACGGAUGGACUUAUGCCUUGAAUGGAUCGCUUGUCAAAGCUACUAGAAUGACUGGGAUACAUAACUUUCCUUUGAAUGAAAUGGGACUCAAGCCUCUUACGGUAGCUAUAUGGGGACCUUUUGUUCUCCUCAAGGUGGCUCAAGAUGAAUCGAACAAGGAAGAAGAUGUUGAGAGUGAUGGAUCAGUGGUGGAGGCAUCUGAAUGGCUAGGUUCUUCUGUAGGGAGGUUGAGCGAAAGUGGAGUUGAUGAUGCUUUCACGCUUAGUUUCAUUUGUAGACGUGAGUACACUAUUGAUUGUAACUGGAAGGUGUUCUGUGAUAACUACUUAGAUGGUGGCUAUCAUGUACCUUACGCACAUAAAGGUUUAAUGUCAGGCCUAGACCUCGAUUCCUAUUCUACAACGUUAUUCGAAAGGGUUAGUAUCCAAGCAUGUGGUGGUGGUGGUGGUGGUGGUGGUGGAUCCAAGGCUGAAGAUGGCUUCGAUAGGCUUGGUUCUCAAGCUCUGUACGCAUUCGUCUACCCUAAUUUCAUGAUUAAUAGGUAUGGACCAUGGAUGGACACGAAUCUAGUGAUACCUUUAGGACCAAGGAAAUGCAAAGUUGUCUUCGACUAUUUUCUUGAUCCUUCUUUAAAGGAUGAUGAAGCUUUCAUCAAGAGAAGUCUUGAAGAGAGCGAGAGAGUUCAGAUGGAAGAUGUUGUGUUGUGUGAGAAUGUUCAAAGGGGUCUUGAGUCUCCAGCUUAUGACAAAGGAAGAUAUGCUCUUGUGGAGAAAGCAAUGCACCAUUUCCACUGUCUGCUACAUCAGAAUCUCAAACUCUGAAACUCUUGUAUAUAUAUAUGUUUUUUAUGUAUAUAUAUGAUACCAAUGCAUGCAAAUCUACACUUGUACCAUAUAUGUUUAUAUGUAUGUGAAUAUUCUACAUGUAUACUCCCUUUGCACUGAGGGCAUAUAGUGAAGCCUCUUUCCAGUGCCGUCUCAGAAA